AGAUAAAAUAAUUAUAAAGAGAUGAUUGAAUAAGAAAGCCUAUAAAGGCGGCUUGGCUUAUAAGCUGCAACUCCAGAAACACAAGAUUGACAUCAUCAUAUUCACAGCACUGUGUUUACAGCAGCCACUGAGAUGAAGUCGAAGCUGCAGGCGCUGUGGAACCACCCGGCCGGCCCCAAAACCAUCCAUUUCUGGGCGCCGACGUUCAAGUGGGGUCUGAGCAUAGCCAACGUCUCCGACUUCUCCAAGCCGCCGGAGACGCUUUCCUACCCGCAGCAGGCGGUGAUUGCUGCCUCCGGCGUCAUCUGGUCCCGCUACUGCUUCGUCAUCACCCCCUGGAACUGGAAUCUCUUCGGCGUCAACUCCGCCAUGGCUUGCACUGGCUUCUAUCAGCUUGCCAGAAAGAUCCGCCACGACUACUACUCCGGGGACUCUCCGCCGCCGCCGACGGACAUGUCUGAUUAGUUGUAGUUACUAUGAAUUUUCCCUGAAUUUUUUCUGUGUACUAAGUUUUAAUUAGGCUAAAUUACCUUUGUUGUCCCAUAAAGAAUGCACAUUUUUUCAUUAGUCCCACAUUUGACAGGAUUUA